UAUUUUUAUUUGAAACGCGCCUUUGUCUGUCAAAGAUAUAACCUAACUUUUGUGUAAGCUUCCAGGAAACGUGAUUAAUAAUUAUAUAUUUCAACAAUUGUUAAUAUUUCGGGAGAAAUAAAUAUAAAGAAAUAACUUUCGCAAUGUCCGAGGAAAGUGAACAAGGUCAAUUUAGCGAUGCUGAUGAAACUGAAAUACCAUUAAAGGCAGGUAAAGGACAACCAUUAUUUCGUUCUGAACUUUCCGAAGAUAUGAAUAAAUUACAUAUAUCAAAUAGCGAAGAGGAAGAAGAAGAUGACAACGAUGACGAUUUAGAUGACAGUAGUUUCAUGUGGGACGUGGAUCAAAACAAAACUAAGUCAAAAGAUAUCGUAAAAAAUAUUCAAGCACAAAACACUAAUGCUCAAAAUAUUUCCAAAAAGAUUACUAAUUAUCAGCCAUCGGAUAAAUUAUUUCGGCGCUAUGCGAAUAAAAUCAAUAUCGAACGAUACGAAGGUCCAUCUCUACCAGGACACGCGGCAAAUCUUCUUAUUGAAAGUGAUAAACGUGCCGAUAAAGACAGGAUCAGGACUAAAGACAAGCACGAUCGAGCAACAGUCGAACAAGUUCUGGAUCCUCGUACAAGAAUGAUAUUAUUUAAACUUUUAAAUCAAGGUAUAAUCGCAGAGGUCAACGGGUGUAUCUCGACAGGAAAAGAAGCCAAUGUUUAUCAUGCAACCUCAAAGACAGGAGUUGAAUUUGCAAUAAAAAUUUAUAAAACAUCGAUAUUACAAUUCAAGGACAGAGACAAAUAUGUUACCGGCGAAUUUCGUUUUCGUCAUGGAUAUUGUCGCCACAAUCCGCGUAAAAUGGUACGCACAUGGGCUGAAAAAGAAUUUCGAAACUUGAUACGUCUUCAGCAAGGAGGAAUAAAUGCACCCAAGCCUAUUUUAUUACGUAGCCAUGUAUUACUUAUGGAUUUUAUAGGUAGCAAUGGCUGGCCAUCGCCUAAACUAAAAGAUGUCGUUCUUACGUCUUCUAAACCAAGAAAACUAUAUAGAGAAUGUAUCGAAAUAAUGUGGAAAUUGUAUAAUAAGAGUAAACUUGUUCAUGCCGACUUGAGCGAAUAUAAUAUGUUAUAUUACGACGAAUCCAUUAUAAUAAUCGAUGUAUCUCAGGCAGUUGAACACGAUCACCCUAUGGCGCUUGAGUUUCUCAGAAAAGAUUGUACAAAUAUCACUGAAUUUUUCAAGAAAAACGAAGUAGGUGUAAUGACCGUCAAGGCAUUAUUCGAUUUUAUAACAGAUCCAACUGUAACUGAAGAGAAUAUGGAUCAUUAUUUAGAUACGAUAUCAGAGCAAAUGACGCAACAAAACAAACAAGAAAUCGAUCCCAAGCAACAAAUAGAUGAGCAGGUGUUCAAGCAAGCUUACAUCCCUCAAAACCUAACUCAGGUAAUUGACAUUGAACGGGACAUAAAUCUUGCUAAAUCUGGAAAAGGAGAUUUAAUAUACAAAACCCUUGUUGGUUUAAAAGCAGACUUGUCCAAGCCUCUCGAUACUCCCGAAAUUCUCGCUAAAGAUUCCGAUGUAGAAGAAAAAGACGAUUCAUCGGAAGAAACUGUUAAUUCUGAAGAGGGUGAAGAUAGCGAAGAAGAAGGUGCUUUGGACAAUGAGACAAAAUUUGUGAAUUCGGCCCGGCCUCGAAACGAGAGUCUGGAAAGUAAAAAGGCACGGAAAAAGGCAGUGAAAGAACAGCAAGCUGAAAAAAGGAAGACUAAAAUGAAAAAGCACAUUAAAAAACGGAAGGAAAAGGUUUUAAAGAAAAAAUAACUGAAACACCAAACGGCAAUGAAAUAUUAAAAAAUAUGACAUAUAAAGGAAUUGUAUAAAAGAAAUAUAUGAUUUUUUUAUAUCGCUCUUCCAGUA